AUGCAAACUUCUUCCAUCGACGUUCUUCAUAGAGUGCAAGGGCAUGUGGCUUUCAGGUGCAUGACCCUCACUCGACAACCGCAAGUGAAAAGAGGAGAACAGCUCAAUGGCAACCGAAGGAUCAUUGUUCCGUCAUGGAAACGCCGGGUUCUCGAACCAGUUUUCGAUGACGCAGAAUGUCCGAGAGCGGUGCAACCACCUCGCAGGGACUGCUACUAG